GUGAAAUCCGUUUUUGCUCGGAACAUCCGGUUCGGGAGUUAUGACUGUUAGAAAAUUCCAAGAAGUUUAAAUGCAUUCAGGUGUACCAAAAGUCUCAUUAUGGGCCGAUCCCUUUCAAAUUUUGUAGGUAAAUGCGCAUAACCAUGAAGAUCGUUCUUACACCAAUCCACUGUUCUAGCAUGCCUUUCAAAUUUUAAAAUGAAUUUCAAAAAUUUUAAAACCCGUUUUAAAAUUCGAAAAAAAAUUAUUGUGGAAGUUUGGAUCGGUGUGAGAACGAUUUUCAUGGUUAUGUGCAUUUACGUGCAAAAUUUGAAAGGAAUCGGCCCAUAAUGAGACUUUUGGUACACCUGAAUGCAUUUAAACCUAUGACAUUUUGCUACCUGAACAACUCCGCAACCUGAUGCUGCGCGCGCAUACGAACUUUGCGCCUGUAUACCAAUCUUUUGGCUACACAACGUUAAAAAGUAAUCCAACAACGUGCGUGGAAGUGAGCGGAAGCGAUGAAUUCAGUGCUGCAGAUAUGUACCGGAUCACUUCCCGGGAAUCGCGCUGUCGAAGUACUUUAUCAAUGAUGUCUUGCUGCUACGACGAACGCGGAGACGGAUUAGUAUGCUUCCCGGACUGCACAUACGGAGAUGGCGUUCCGUGUGCCAGCUGGGGUGUACACCGCGGCCGUGACCUUUCUCGGCUGCUUGGACGCCAUAAUAGUUCCGCAAGCCACCACCAAAACCACCACCACUCUAGGUCCGACCACCCCGUGCUACCGCUGCACCUACACACCCUCGGGGCCACCGACCAACCCUGCCUGCGCGGAGAAUCUGUGGCAGGAUAAGGAGUUCACCUUCCUGGAUGUUCCCAAGCCGGGCAUGGUCGACUGUCCGGUUAGCCGUUGUUCGGUGUCGCUGAACUACAGUAAGACCUACGCGCCGGCCGACGCCUCGCCUACCUCCAAAGUGUCUUUCACGCUGGGCUGUCUGGAGUCGGGCGUGGCGGUGAGCCAGUGCGCCGGCUUCACCUAUACCGCCGCCGGUAGCAGCAGCUGCUUCUCCUGCAGCGCGCCCGCCUGCAACCUGCAGUUCCUCACCCGGUUCUUCCGCUGGUUCGCCGAGACCGCCGCCACCAGCGACCAGGCCGGGCGCGGCCCCACGAAACUCCCGGACUUCUACGCCACGACCACGCGGCGUCCCUAUCCCGACGACGGCGGCGCGGAUGACGAGGAAACAACGCCGCCGGCAGCGGAUCGGGCGGUGGCGCUGGUAUCGCCGGUGCCGUUAAUCAGUGUUGUAUUGCUUAUGCGGCGGGCGUUGGAGACCUGUUAAAGGUCACGAUACACGAUAUAGUUUUUAUUUUUUACUCUGAUUGCGUUCUUAAAGCAUAAUUUAUUUUCUUAUUUCUAUAAUUAAUUUUGUUUAUGUGCGCACCAUAUGCUGGAAAAGGUCAACAUGGAAAAACUGUUCCGCCACUCGAAUGUACACUGAAUGAUCCGAAAUUCUAA